AUGAAGAGUCUCCAAUAACCACCAAUAAAAUAAGUCAAAAAUUAUAAACGUUAAUUUUUCCCUAAGAAAUUGUGUAAAUAACAAAAGUGGUUAUUUAUUUUUAUAAAACGUGACAUCAGACAGUAUAAUUAUGAUAAGGAAUUAUUAAAAAAAUAUAAAUUGUAAUGGGAGAAAAAAAAUCUGUCGGUUUAGGACCUUUUAUUUAUGGAGGUUUAGCUUCAAUUGUUGCUGAGCUGGGUACUUUUCCAUUAGAUACUACAAAAACACGUCUACAAAUUCAAGGUCAGAAGUUAGAUAAAACUCAUUCAAAUUUAAAAUAUAAGGGUAUGAUAGAUGCUUUAAUUCAAAUGAUCAAAUAUGAAGGAGCCCAAUCUUUGUAUUGUGGAAUUAGCUCAGCAAUUUUAAGACAAGCAACAUAUGGAACGAUAAAAUUCGGAACAUAUUAUUCUCUUAAACAAAUGGCUAUUGACAGAUGGGGGACUAAUGAUUUAGUACUUAUAAAUGUUAUAUGUGCCGCAGUAGCAGGCUCAAUAUCAAGUGCAAUAGCUAAUCCUACAGAUGUAGUCAAAGUUCGAAUGCAAGUUAGUGGAAAUCAGGGAAAUUUAUCGUUGUACGAUUGUUUUCAUGAUGUUUAUCGACAUGAAGGUGUACGUGGUUUAUGGAGGGGUGUGGGACCAACUGCACAACGAGCAGCUGUUAUCGCUGCUGUAGAAUUACCUAUAUACGAUUUUACAAAACAAAGGUUAAUACCUUAUAUUGGUGAUAGUGUCAGUAAUCAUUUUCUUUCGAGCUUUGUUGCCAGCACAGCUAGUGCCGUUGCUUCCACUCCAAUUGAUGUCGUGCGAACUCGUCUUAUGAAUCAAAAACAAAUUAAUUCAUCUACUUGUUCAACUUCUCAUUACUUAUAUAAAGGAAGUGUAGACUGUUUUUUUCAAACAAUUAAAACAGAAGGUGUAUCUGCGUUGUAUAAAGGUUUCGUGCCAUCAUUUCUCAGAAUGGGCCCAUGGAAUGUAAUCUUUUUUAUCACUUAUGAACAGUUAAAAAAACUACCAUUUUUUUAAUCAAAUACUGAAAUAUUGUACCUGUAUAGAUAGCAAAUUGUAAAAUUAAGACUUCAUUUUUAAAAUUUUACUCUGAUGAGAUUGUUAAUAUAUUUAAUUAAAGAUCAUUAUAUAUUUAUUUGUUAAACAAAACUUAUAUAAGUCAUCGUCCAAUAAUUCAAUCAAAUAUACUUUAUAUAGAAAAUAGGGAAUGAUAUUAAAUUUGGCAUGUCUUUCAUUUUUUACAUAGAUAAUUGUAUUUUUAAUCACUAGUGACAGUUCCAAACAAUGAUUUUUUUAUCAUUGCCACCUGUUAUCACAUAUUUAUUAUUUGCUGUGACGAUCAUUGCUGUCAAAGGCCCUAAAUAAAAAAAACUUUUCUUUUAAUAUA